GCCAUCUGCAAAAACACCAUGUUCCGGAGGUUCAACUCUACCUGCUCCAAGUUUGUGCCGUUGAUAGAAAACUACAAGACGCUAAGGCACGUCCACUUCGACGGCCUCACUCCCUUCAUCGAGGGCCAGGCCCUCCAGCAAUCCAUGGUGGACGCUAACCUAUCAUUCAAGGAAAUCGAGGCCAAAAUCAAGCGCAACAAGCUUGAACUUUCCCAACAAGGACUUGAGAUCAACGACUAUGAAAAGGGCUUGAUCGACAAGAUUUUGGAGAUGAAGCCCCACCCCACGCUAUUGACGUUCCAGUUCAACAACGUCUACACAGGCGGCAAAAAGAUCAAACGAGACCCGACCAUCCACCAGCAAAUCAAAGCAUUUGAGGAACUUGGAUGUGAGUUCCACCAGCUCGAGCGAGGCGGUGACGUGACGUGGCACGGUGAGGGCCAUCUCGUGGCGUACCUCAUUCUCGACCUCAAGAAGUUCAAGGACUUGACGGUGCGAUGUUUUGUCGAUUCGGUGCUUCUCAAGUCGCUCCAGGACGUGCUCAACAAGAACUAUGAUCUCGACAGCUAUCUCAACAAAAACCCGGGUGUGUGGAUGGAGCCCGACAACUUGAAGAUCGCGUCGGUGGGUACCAACAUCCAGCGAGGCAUCACCAGCUAUGGGAUCGGGUUGAACGUCAAACCCGAUUUAAAGUACCUCAACACUUUCACGAUGUGCGGGCUUCCGGGGACUUCGGCAACCUCCAUCCAGCAGAUGAAGCCAGGCGCUGACUUGGACCUCAAGGCCGUGGCGUACAUGUACUCGAAGGAAAUUGCCAAUAAUUUGAACAUCACCACCGUGGAACACAUGAACGGAGAGGAAAUCAGGCACCAAUCGAUAGAGAGGAAUGAGAUCUAAUAGUUUUCUUUUACUGGCUAAUAUACAUCAUAACUCAUUGCUGCUGACUGAGACCGCUUAUUCGCUGUCCUCCUCCAUGGGCUGGGGCGUAGAGGCUGCACUCAAGCGGUUCUUUUGAUCCUCCAACUGGUACCGGGAGAGAUUGAACUUCAACCGGGACUUUUUGUUUCUGAGAAAGUUCAAUCGAAGAAGUUUGUCGUUCAUAACAUCGUGCGAUCCCUUGGAAUUUCUGAUGGUCUGAAGCCUCACCCGCUGCAACUCAAUCUUGUUCUUAAGAUUGUUGGUUCGAUUGCGGACCUUUUCCACCUCCUGUUCAUAUUUGUGUUUCAACGCAUCAACCUUUGGUUCGAGCUCGUCUUGCACCGUCUUGAUGGAGUGCUGUAGGUCCAGUUCGGCCACAAGCCCGAACACAUUGUCUGUUUUUAAGAUCUUAUUGAGCCUGUGGACAUCUUUGGUAGAAGCGUCUACCACUUUGAUCGACUUGUCAAGCAACUGGGUGGACGCUCGAAGCGAGCUCACACAGCUCAACAAGUACUCGUUUGUGUUUGCAGACGGGGUCUGUGGCAUGCCUGACAUCGUUCGGCCCCGUGGUGUUUCUGCUGUUAUGGGCAUCUCAAAUGGCAUUUGCUAGU